AUGCCCUUUAAAGGUUUCGUAGUAGAAAUAUUUAGUUUCAGUUUUAGCUCGCACCCAAACGAGUGCGAGAGCUACGACUCAGAUGAGGUGGAUGUGCCCCAAUGGCUGAACAGCCAUUUCUUCAGAAAAAUCUUGACUCAGUAUUUCAAGAUACCUGAACUGAGAUUCGUCAAUGUAAAGUUCUUUCCAGCCAGUGCCAAGGGAGAUUAUUAUAUGAGUGUGAUGUUUCGAGUCGUCGUUGAAUAUGAAAUAUCAAAGAAUGAUGAUGCCUCAAAGAUAUUCCUAAUUAGCAAGACAAUGCCCGAACAGGAGGGUCCAGCGAAAGAGCUAUUAGACGAAUCGCACAUCUUUAAGACGGAGAUUGAAAUGUUCGAGGAAAUAUUGCGAGAGAUGGGAGAUAAUACUUCAUUUGGUGCUUCCUGUAUCUAUCAUAGCUUGAAGCCGCAACAAGUUAUGGUGUUUGAGGAUCUGUUACCACUCGGCUACGCCAUCGUUCGAAGAUUUGCCAAUGCAGAGGAGCUACAAGCAGCGCUAACAAAGCUGGCCAAGUGGCACGCAGUUAGCUUCAAGUUGCUUAAGGAACAAACCAAGCUGUUCGGUCAUCUGCAGUAUGACAUUAGCACUCUGCCGAACAUUUUGAAGCAACCCUAUAUCACGGAAGCCUUAAGACACUUCCGGAAUAUGCUUGACAAUAACUGUGUGAAUAUUCGACGUGAAUACCGCGACAAUCGCCAAGAAAACGGCUACUAUAUGCUCUGCCAUGGAGACUUUCAUCUGCGUAAUAUAAUGUUCAGAGGCGUCGAGUGUUUGCUACUUGAUUUCCAGAUGGCCCACGUGGGAUCCAUGACCAGUGACAUAAUAUACGCUAUGUACGCGCUGUUCGAUGCGGAGAUACUUAGAGAAAAAUCGGAUGAAUUGAUUUACAACUACUUUCAAACCUUCUUGAAUACCCUCAACCAGAUUGGCUACCACUACCAGCUGCCCAGCCUGAUUGAGUUUCGGCACCAGAUGAUUAAAAAAGAGAUCAUGGUGAGAGUAAUUGAGUAUAAUAUAAAUAAUAUAAUAAAAUGA